AGUCGCUUAGAGUGGAUGUGAGUGAGCGUUACCGAAAGUUAGUGUUACAAAUUACCAAGUUACAUUCGAUACAGUAAUCUGGUUUUAUGUGAAUUGAAUUAAUUUCUAAAACAUUUUGUGCGUAUUUGUGUAGCUUUUUGUAACUAAAUUAUUUGUGCUGUUGAAUGAAAGAAUGUUUGUUGUGUUCUUAGAAGUAAUAGGAUAAAAGUGAUCAUUUUUAUUGGAUUACGGAUUGCUGUUCAUAUAAUUAUAAAGUGUACUACAGAGGCCUAUACUGCAAAUCCAAGGUGUAUCGAUGAGACGGCGCUAGCUCUCGUCGGAGAGGAGCGUCUCGACACGCUGCGUGGUCAUCUAACUUAGGGGCGGUGUGUGAGUGCCGCACCGCCAUGUCGCAUCACAGCGACGAGCAAGCGCUGCUCACGGGCGCGUCCGACUCGUUCUGGGAGCCGGGCAACUACAAGCGCACCACACGGCGCAUCGACGACGGACACCGGCUCUGCAGCGAGCUGCAGGCGCUCGUGCAGGAGCGCGCCGACAUCGAGAAGACGUACGCGAAGAGCCUGCGAGGCUGGGGCAAGAAGUGGAACGACCUCAUCGAGAAAGGCCCAGAGUACGGUACAAUGGAGGCAGCGUGGAAGGGCGGUAUGGUGGAAGCCGAGCGCCUGUCCGACCUGCACCUGAGCGUGCGGGACCGCCUCGUCAAUGACGUCAUUGCACAGAUUAAGAACUGGCAGAAGGAUACCUAUCAUAAGUCAAUGAUCCAGCUCAAAGAACGAAAGGAGAUGGAUGAGGCUUUCAAGAAAGCGCAGAAGCCCUGGUCGAAGCUGCUACAGAAAGUCGAGCGCACCAGGCUGGAGUAUCACACUGCAUGCAAACAGGAACGGACGGCACAGAACCAAGAGAGAAAUGCUAGUGGCGACAGCUCUUUGAGUCCUGAUCAGGUGAAAAAAAUGGCGGAACGCGUGGCGAAGUGUAGAGAGGAAGUGUCGAAGUCUCGCGAGAAAUAUCAAGCGGCGCUAGCGGAGAUCACAGCUUACAACCCGCGAUACAUCGAAGACAUGACCAGCGUGUUCGACCGGUGUCAGCAGAUGGAGGCGCAGAGGCUCACAUUCUUCAAGGACGUGUUGUUUAGUUUUCACAAAUGCCUCAACAUCAGCCAGGAACCCACUUUACCACAGAUUUACGAAGAAUUCCAUCAUACGAUAAACAAUGCCGACCACCAGAAGGACCUCAAGUGGUGGGCGAACAACCACGGCGUUAACAUGGCCAUGGCGUGGCCGCAGUUCGAGGAGUACACGGAGGAGUUCCGGGACAUCGCGAAGGGCAAGUCCAAGGAGAGCCUGCCCACCGGCCCCAUCACUCUGCUGAAUCAGCGACCAGUCAGCGAGGACGAGUUGCCGCCGAUUAAUUCGAACAAACCGAGCAAAAACACCAACCACACCGAGCCGACUGCCAAUAACACCGCGCCAAUCGCCAACAAUACCCACAACGCCCACAAUGCGCACUCCAACAACACCAGCGCGAAUAACACCAUCGACAAGAAGACCAUCAGCGCACCCAUAGCCGUCACGAACGGCACGGCGAGCGCGCCGAAGUCGAACAAGACGUCGCCGAGCAAGGACAGCGGGCGACAGGACAACCCGUUCGAGGAGGAGGAGUGGGACGAGGAGUCGGGCGGCGCGCUCACCGACACCGGCGAGCCCGGCGUGCCCGUGCGCGCGCUCUACGACUACACCGGCGCAGAGAGCGACGAGCUCAGCUUCCGCCAGGGUGAUUUAUUUGAGAAACUUGAAGACGAGGACGAGCAGGGCUGGUGUAAAGGGCGCAAGGACGGCCGCGUGGGCCUCUACCCCGCCAACUACGUGGAGCCCGUUGGACACUAGCGCCCCCUACUGUCAGCUUCACCAGAAUAAUUUUGCACCAAAUUUUAAUGUAAGAUUGCCUCGUCGCGCUUGUCGUCACACCACCUGAUAUUUUAACAGAAAACUUUGGCAGUGAUGACUGUCUUGUCUGUUGUGUAUUGAUUAAAACAUGAAUAAGUUACGUAAUCACACACACACAUUAACUGUAUCAAAUGUUGUUCUUAGAACACACAUUAUUAAAAAUAGUAAAAUAUCUUGUGUUAAAAAAUACUAUUUAUAAAUUAUUUUUAUGCGAGAUGUUUAUAAGGGGUUUAGGUUUGUAUAAUACAAAUUGAGGGCAGUUCUUAGGAGAUUUAAUUUACACAAAAAUUAGUCAUUUCGUUAAAAACCUUAGCAAUAAGCCACGCAACAGACACGGUCGCCAUCAUAUCGACUUGCAAUAUCGCUCGCUACUCGCAAGCAAUAUAGAUAUGAAAAUUGUGAUGCGUGUUAAUUUGUCAAUUUUACAAAAUGACCUGCAUGUGAAUAGUUUUAUUUUAAACAGAAGCAAUAAUACAAGUGAGUCAGAUCGCGCUGUUGAUUUUACGUGAGAAUUGUAGUAAUUACAAUUAUAAAUUUUUGUAUUUAUGCAAGGAAUUGAAAUUAAAUGAGUUUGCUCGAUAGGCAUCUCACCUAUUGGUUAUUCAAACUCAAUAACACAUCAUUCAUAGUGUUGUGGGUGAGCAAAAGUACAUAUAAGUUUAAUUUUUGAGUAAAUUAGAAUUUUGCAUCGAUACAAGUGUCGGUCCUAAGCUUUGGCUGUCUUAUGAUUAUUCGAUAAAAAAAUCGACACAUCGAUUACCGAUCAUUGUGAUUCGAGAUUUUUGACGCGUUUUUAAGUGUGGUGAAUAUUAUAAUAUUGAAGCGGAUUUUGUGGGUAUUUUUUAAAACCAUUGGGACAGUUCGGAUACUUGGCCGAGUUAUGUGGGUAUGGGCCGAGUAAUAUUUUUGGAUUAAAUUCUUUGUACAACGUGGAAACCAAAAAUGCUUUGUAAUUUUAGUGACGUUUGUAUGCAAUUUAUUGUACGCAGUGUAACAGAAUAUCAUUCCUAAGGUGUUUCGAUUCGAUUUCAUAUAGACUUUGGCCAUAAAAUAUUGAUUACGAAUAACCCACAAUGCAACUCAAGUUGUGCAAUCGACUCGAAAACCUUCGGAAUAUUUUUCUCCCCAGAUUAGCUAAGCCAAAAAGUGUACGCCAAUAUUAAUAGAGUAGACAGAUCCAAUUUUGUGGGACUAUAAGAUACUGAAUUUGAAAAUUGUACGUCUAGCAUAUUUGAAAUAAUACGAAAAAAACACCUUCCGCUUACUAAACUCGACCUUUCUUUCGCAUAUUUUGUACGCUUUCUGUCUAUAAUUUCGGUUGGAUUAUUUUAAGUUUUGCAUAUAAAUAGUUCAGUUGACGAUAGUUCCGCAAGGAAAAAGGAGUUUUUAUUUUGUGAUAUAAAUACUUCUUAGAUGGUUGUCGAGCACUGUCAGUAGGCGUGGUCGUGUACAUAUGCAGAUAUACUACCUUCUUGCAUAUAGAAUAUUUAUUUCCCAUUGUAUAUAAUGUAUAAUGAUAUUUACAUAACGUGAAGGAAUACAACGGGGCGGCGUUUAGUUGCGCUAAUGGCGCCAGGGCCUAAUAAUUUCUUUGUCGAAAUAUAAUUUUUUUUAAAUUUUUACUUAUUGGGAUACAAUGGGGUGUUAUAGAGUUAUUUUAAUUAGAGCGUCAACACUAGCGCCCCCUCGUUGUUUAGGUUAAAUAAUAAUAGUUAAUAUAUAUCGGAUGUUUACCUUUCCUUUUAGUUUUUUAUUUGUAGUAUUGUUGUCUAUGGCGAGGGCCGGUCGAUAGUCGCGGCCGUCGUUUUAUUACUUGACUCGUGAUCGUCGCUCUUAGAGUUUCAAAUUUAGUCUUAGCUCUAUUUGUUUCAUUUGUUAUGGGUUCAGAGGCCACUGAUGUGAAAAAUUCAUUGUAUUAUAAUAUUAUCAGAGAGAAGGUGGUAAUGGACCACAUAUUAUGUUAAUAUAUUAUAAAUAUUGGUAAAUAAAAAUUGUUACAUAAUAUGAUA